GUACAAGGUAAUUUCCACUCGCUUUUAUCCCAUCUUGAGCAGGGUGUCUUUUCCGAGGAUAUAUCUCUCCUUUAGCUUCAAGUGGUCUAUCUUCGUUCCCAAAUCCAAGUUUGCGAUCAUGUUUUCUGGCAAAGAGUUUCCUUCUUCAUCAUCAUUCUUGGCUGCCUAUGCCUCCAUGGCUGGUUCCAUAAUGAUGGCUCAAUCCAUCGCCAAUCAACUAAGCCAUCUCAUACCCCACCAUGUCAGAAGCUACCUUUCAUCAACUCUUCGUUACUUCUUUAAGCCUCAAUCUCCUAUUCUUACCUUAGUCAUUGACGAAUCCACAGGAAUUGCUCGAAACCAAGUGUAUGAUGCAUCCGAGACUUACUUGUGCACUAAGGUUAGUCCCAAUACAAAAAGGCUCAAAAUUAGCAAAACCCCAACAGAGAAGAAUUUGACGAUCAAGCUUGAAAAGGGUGAGAAAAUCGUUGAUAAUUAUGAAGGGGUUGAGCUUCAGUGGAGAUUAGUAUUUGCAGAAGCUGAAAAGAAUGACUCCCACAAUCCCUUUCAACCAAGGAAUGUUGAGAAACGAUGGUUCGAGCUAAGCUUCCACAGGGAUCAUAAGGAGACAAUACUGGGGUCUUACAUCCCUUAUAUUCUUGAAAGGGCAAAAUCCAUAAAAGAAGAAGUAAGAGUCUUGAAGAUGCACACUCUUAACAAUUCACAAGGCUAUGGAGGAAUCAAAUGGGAGUCCAUAAAUCUUGAACAUCCAGCAACGUUUGAGACUUUGGCUAUGGAGCCAGACCUGAAAAAUAUUGUUAUAGAGGAUUUGAAUAGAUUUGUCAAGAGGAAGGAUUUUUAUAAGAGAGUAGGGAGGGCUUGGAAACGUGGGUACUUGCUAUAUGGGCCACCAGGGACUGGCAAAUCAAGCUUGGUUGCUGCCAUGGCUAAUCACUUAAAGUUUGAUGUGUAUGAUUUGCAGCUUGCAAAUAUAAUGCGGGAUUCUGACCUGAGAAGAUUGUUCCUGGCAACUGGGAAUAGAUCGAUACUUGUGAUUGAAGAUAUUGAUUGUAGUCUGGAUUUGCCUGAUCGAAGACAGGUUUCUAAAGAUGGAGAUGGUCGAAAACAGCACGAUGUGCAGUUGACACUGUCCGGCUUACUUAACUUCAUAGAUGGAUUAUGGUCUAGUUGCGGGGAUGAAAGAAUCAUCAUAUUUACCACCAACCAUAGAGAUAGGCUAGACCCUGCUCUGUUGCGUCCGGGACGCAUGGACAUGCACAUUCACAUGUCCUACUGCACAACUCAUGGGUUUAGAGUGCUGGCCUCCAAUUACCUGGGCAUUAAUGGUUAUCAUACACUCUUUGGAGAAAUCGAGGACCUGAUUAAAACUACAGAGGUCACCCCUGCACAAGUGGCAGAGGAGCUAAUGAAGAGUGAAGAUUCAAAUAUUGCACUUGAAGGGGUUGUGAAACUACUGAAGAGGAAGAAACUGGAAGGCGAUGAACUUUUCGAUGAAGGUGCUAAAAAGGUUGGGAUUCAAGAAGCAAAAAGGCAGAAAGUUGAGAACAAGCGUAGAGUAUCAGUUAGAAUUAACAGCGGAAAGAAGACCAACAAGAGAAGAUGUUCCUAAUCUGUUAUUGCAAGAGAAGAUGCUAUCGGCUAGGUUGAUGAAUGUUUCAGGCAGCAGGAAAUUCCCACUCCGAAACUGUAACGGAAACUUUUAUUGCUUUGUAGCCUAAAAAAUUAUUAGUACAAAUGGUAAUCCUGUUUCAAAGUUUGAUUGCAAUAACUAAAGGGGCUGUUUUUAACUUA